AUGGACGCUCCUGAGGAGGACCUCGACAUCAAGCUGCAGAAGGCGUCGAGCGAGCUGAUUGCCGAUUUCGACCGGUCGCUAGGUCCAUUUCUCCGCAAGGCCGAUGGCUCGGGCUCGGGUUCGGGCGGGACCAAGACGACGCCGGUGCGGUCGCGAGUGCGCGCCCGGGAAACGGGGCGAUUGAUCUCCUCGCUGCUGGACCCCUUUCAAGAACUGCCUCAGCUCCUGGACCCCCACCUGCCACGGUGGCUGCCCCUCCUGGCCGAUGCCUUUCUCGAGUACCAGGAGGCCCGCCGCCGCCAGCCAAAGGUGCUGUCGACACGCUCCGAGCUGCUGAUGCCCCUGCCCACCGCCAUCUGCAAGCUGCUGUACACCUUUUGCAAGAUCCGCGGCGAGAAGGUCAUCGUGCGCUUCCUCGGAAACGAGACACGGUACCUCGAGCUCCUGCUCUCCGCCGUCGAGGAGGCCGAGAGACGCAAGGCGACGGCCACGGCUACAGCCUCCCAGUGGACUUGGGAGGAGCGCUACGUGGUGCUGCUCUGGCUGUCGCAUCUGAUGCUGGCUCCCUUUGACCUCGCCACCAUCUCGUCGGUCGAGGUUGAUGACGACGACCUCCCGCGCAUCGCCGGCUUCCGCUGGCCCGCAAAGCUGCCCGGCAUCACCACGCGGAUCCUGCCCCUGGCCAUCAACUACCUCGCAUCUCCCGGUAAGGAGCGCGACGCCGCCAAGGCCCUGCUUGUCCGCAUCGCCAUGCGCAAGGACAUGCAGCAGCUCGGCCUCCUCGACGCCCUGGUGCCGUGGGCUAUGGCAGCGCUCUGGCCUGAAAAGCACGAACCUGAGCCCGCUGCCGAACUGAAAACCCCCUAUCACUACAUCGGCCUGCUGUCAUUUCUCUCGGGGAUCCUGGUUGCGUCGGCCGACACGUCCGACAUGGACCGCCACCUGGUGACGCUGUUUAAUCUGGUGCACGAAGCUGCUUCCGAGGAGGCCCGGCCAGAAGCAGCGGCAGCACGGUCUUCUGUGCUGUCGUCAUCGGCCCUGGCCCGGAAGAUGGCGAUCAAGGUGGUUCGCGCCAUUGCCGUGUUAACCCUACGGCAUCCCCAGCAAGACGACGUGCAGACGCAGCUGGUCGAAACGACCAUCGGCUUCCUGCUAGAGAGUCUCGGGGACAACGACACGCCCGUGCGGCUCGCGGCGAGCAAGGCCCUCAGCGUCAUCACGCUCAAGCUCGAUGCUGAUAUGGCGUCGCAGGUCGUCGAGGCAGUCCUCGACUCGCUCAACCGCAAUGUGCUGCGUGUAAAGGGAGACCCAACCAAGAAGAACCUCAGCGCCGUCAAUCCGCUCGAAUGGCACGGGCUGAUGUUGACACUGGCCCACCUCCUUUACCGCCGGUCACCGCCCGCCGAAACGUUGUCUGACAUCGUGCACGCGCUGUUGCUAGGGUUGUCAUUUGAGAUGCGCAGCGCCUCUGGCGGAUCUAUGGGCACCAACGUGCGCGACGCCGCGUGCUUUGGCAUCUGGGCGCUCGCGCGCCGCUACACUACGAAGGAGCUGCUUGCCGUUCCGACGACGUCGGCAUCGGUGGCCGGCGCGCACAAUCCGCAAGCAUCGAUCCUGCAAAUCCUCGCGACCGAGCUGGCCGUCGCUGCGUCCCUGGAUUCCGCUGGCAACAUCCGCCGCGGAUCCUCGGCCGCACUGCAGGAGCUCAUCGGCCGCCACCCAGACACGGUCGACAACGGCAUCGCCGUCGUCCAGGCCGUCGACUACCAUGCUGUGGCUUUGCGGUCGCGCGCUCUGCGCGACGUGGCUAUGGCAGUGACCAGGCUGUCGCCUCAGUACGGCGAGGCGAUCCUCGACGGCCUCCUUGGCUGGCGCGGCAUCGGCGACGGAGACGCAACAGCGAGACGCGCGGCGGCUGCCUCCUAUGGUAUGAUAGCAGGGGAGCUGGCUGCCACCGGCGAGAAUCCUGUGCAGAAGCUCAACGAUUCGGCUGCGCUCGUGCUGCACUACGUCAAGUCGCUGCAAGCUCGGCAGGUUGAGGAGCGACACGGCCUUCUCCUUAGCUUUGCCGCCGUGCUCGAUUCGCUCCCUGCUACUGUACGAGGAGUGAAAGUGGCGGAUAGCGAGGGAAAGCCUGCACUAGACGACCUCGUUCGUCUUUCAACAAGUGCGUUGAUAGAUAUUCUGAGCGACUGCGACACGCAAGCCUACCGCCGGCCUGAGUUGGUCGCAGAGGCCGCGAGCAGGCUCACCAUCGCAUCGUUCCCGGUGCUACAAGCCAGUGCCCUGCUCACCAGCCAAGAGGUUCUAGACAAUGCUAAUGUGUCUCGAGGGGUCCUGCGCACUGGUACAGAGCUGGUAUCCAACGGCAGCAGCACCGAGAUAUCUACGCUCGUCAACACUCUAGCCGUAACGACACAGCCGACUACGGAACGCUUCGUGAGCCUCGCCAAGUCCAUUCUUGGCAAGUGGCUGGCUAGGCCAGAGCAGGAAGUUAUCUCGGCCGCAUCCGAGGCUGGGCUUGUCCUGCUCGUGUUCUGUCCCCGCACCGAGCGCGAGCAAGUCAUCCGCGGUUGGGCCAACGCCGUGCGGCGCCGCCCGACCUCGACAGCAGCCCGCGCGAGUGCGGCAGGCGGUGGCUACUUCUCGGCGCUGGUCAUGUCGUAUUCCAUUAUCCCCAGCCUAGAGCUACCGAGCCAUGAGGAGGGAGCGGCUCUAGUUGCCGGCGCCCUCGUCGACCGCUGGGCACAGGACAAGGACAUCGAGGCCCGGGUGGCUAUCCUUUCUAGCCUGAUGCGCAGCGACCUCCUACGGCAGAACACGGGCGCGUUCCUGGGGCUUCUGGUCGAGGGCCUGGAUGACUACACGAUUAACGCUCGCGGCGACGUCGGGUCACACGUCCGCCUCCAGGCACUAAGGGCCAUCAAAUCACUGUGGGAGGUGGUGCUUGGGGAGGGCGAAGAGAAAGGGGGCGCUGAUAGUGACGAGGAAACGGUGCAGGAUGUAGUGUCGGAGCUGUUCCUGCGCGUCUUGCGGCUUGCGGCGGAGAAGCUUGACCGCGUCCGCGUCGAGGCACAGGCGGCGCUGGGCCUGGCGUUGAAGCUGAGCUACGCCGCCGACCUGCGGAGGUCCACCUUCUCCUCCAAGUCGUACUUCCGCUUCCUGCUCGAGCUGCUCGCCCAUGGCGACUGGCUGCACCCCGUCGUCGCUGCUGCCAUGGCGGCCCGCACGGACCCGUGGAUGGAGGAGCUGAUGGAGGGCUUCGUGUCCUCGGCCGACACGGGCAACGAGGAGCUAGUCAUCGCCACGCGGGCGGCGCUGUGCGAGUUUUGCGGCUCCGCGGAACAGAAUGCCGCCGCCAUCUGCACGGCCCUUGUCGCAAACCUAAAGAAGCGCACAGCUGCUACAGACAAUACUAGUGGCCAGGACAGAGUCCUGAUACCAACGCUCGAGGUCACGGCGUUUCUGUGUCGCGCGGGCAUCUUCGCGGCCUGCCCUCGCGGAACCGUCAACUACAAGAGCUUGUGUCUGUAUGUGCAGCGGGCGGGCUACAAGUCGGGUAACGUGCGUAAGAUCGAGGCGUGCGUCAAGGUGUACGCCGCCAUCGCGGGGGGGGGCACUGCGACUGCAGGUGGAGACGGGGGUGUCGCCGAGGCCUGCAAGCGGCUCGCCGCCCUACUGGUCCAUCCCUGGCCCCACGUCCGCAACCUGGUCGUCGACGAGGUCUGGGCGCUACUGACGGCGUUUGGCGGCGCCGGGGCCGACGCUCCUGCUGCUGCGGAGAAGCUCAAGGGCGUCGACUGGGGCCGCGCCGACAAGGCUGCGGUUAGGAGCCUGGUUGAGGCUCUCGGGUUGACGGCUGCCUAG